GGCAUCUCCCUGCUUUAAAUUCCACGCAAGCCUCUCCUUCCCUCACCCCUCGCCCCGUCCCUAGCCGCCAGCCAAACCCCUCGCCCGACUCCUUCCGUCCUCCGCCUCCUGCCGUUAGGCUUCCGACUUUCUUUCCGUUAUCUUGUUCCUCUUUUCUCUUCCGGCCGACCUCGUUCUUUCCUAGAUCUUGAUCUCUUCGCCGCCGCUGUUGGUUUCCAGAUCUCCGGCGGAUCUCCUUUUCUCUGCCGAUUUUGGCUUUUGGUCUCCUUUCCUCUUUACCGUCUUCUGAAGUCCCGGCGUGGGGAUUACUGGAUUCUCUAGGGUCGGGCUAAGGUCUCUCUCCGCGUUUUCGGUUCUCUCCUGCUUCUUUUGGGGGGGUUGCCGGGGCUCCGGCCUCGGCGGGUUUCAAAGCCCCCUACUUCUCAUAGAAAUCUUGAUAAAACCCUAGCCCCCUGCCUUUCUUCUUUUUCCCCUUUUUUUUGUUAUUUUUCCAUUAUUUUUUAUUUGAUUUUCGAUCGGAAAGUGAUGCCGGCCCACUUAGAUGCUGCCCUUCCGCAUUCUACCAACGGUUUCGCCUGGGCUGCAUCACCUCUCCCGCCGGAGUCACUUCCCGGCGGCGCUCCUUUGGCGGCGACGGCGUCUGCCCUCGAUCAGCUCACUCCGUGGUCCCCCGACCUCUCUGCGGCGCUCUACAAAAUCGAUGGCUGGGGAGCCACCUACUUCUCCGUCAACACCGCCGGCAACAUCGCCGUCCGGCCCCAUGGCGCCGCCACCCUCCCCCACCAGGAGAUCGACCUGAUGAAGGCCGUACGGAAGGCCAUCGACCCGAAGCCGGCCGGCGGCCUUGGCCUCCGGCCCCCCCUCCUCGUCCGCUUCCCCGACGUCCUCCGCCACCGCCUCGAGUCCCUGCACGCCGCCUUCGACCUCGCCGUCCGAUCCAAUGGCUAUGGCUCCCGUUACCAGGGUGUCUACCCGGUGAAGUGCAAUCAAGACCGCUACGUCGUGGAGGACAUCGUGGAGGCCGGUGCCCCUUUCCACUUUGGUCUCGAGGCUGGAUCCAAGCCGGAGCUUCUUCUCGCCAUGAGCUGCCUCCUCCGAGGAAGCUCCGAGGCCUUCCUCAUCUGCAACGGCUACAAGGACGCGGAGUACGUCGAGCUCGCCCUUACGGCCACGGCUUUGGGCCUCAAUGCCAUCGUUGUUUUGGAGCAGGAGGAGGAGCUCCUCACGGUGGUGGAUGCCUGCCGGAGGCUCGGCGUCCGGCCGGCGAUCGGCCUCCGGGCUAAACUCCGGACCAAGCACGCCGGCCACUUCGGUUCCACCUCCGGCGAGAAGGGCAAGUUCGGGCUUACGACGGCCCAGAUACUCUCCGUGGCUCGGCGGCUUCAGCGCUUAGAGAUGCUCGACUGCCUCCAGCUCCUCCACUUCCACAUCGGCUCGCAGAUCCCCACCACCGCCCUCCUCGCCGACGGCGUCAGCGAGGCCGCCCAGAUUUACUGCGAGCUCGCUCGACUCGGCGCGGCCAUGCGCGUCAUCGACGUCGGCGGCGGCCUCGGCAUCGACUAUGACGGGACCCGGUCGGCCUGCUCCGACGCGUCGGUCGGCUACGAGCUCGAAGAGUACGCGGCCGCGGUGGUCCGGGCGGUCCGGGACGCGUGCGACCGGCGGCGCAUGCGGCACCCCAUCAUCUGCAGCGAGAGCGGGCGGGCCCUCGUGUCCCACCACUCGGUCCUCGUCUUCGAGGUCCUCUCCUCCUCCUCCUGCUCUGGCGCGGCUGAGCCGGUUCCCGUCGGACCGGACGUCGCCCAUCUCCUGGAGGGUCUUGUAGACUACCGUAGCCUGGCGGCGGCCGCCAUGCGGGGGGAGUAUGAGACGUGCCUCCUGUAUGCGGAGCAGCUGAAGCGGCGGUGCGUGGAGCGGUUCAAGGACGGGCUGCUCGGCCUCGAGCACCUGGCGGCGGUGGACGGGUUAUGCGAGCUGCUCGCCAAGGAGAACGGGGCUGCCGCACCGGUCCGGGCGUACCACGUGAAUCUCUCCGUGUUCACGUCGCUGCCCGAUUUCUGGGCUAUCGGCCAGCUGUUCCCGAUCGCGCCGAUCCACCGGCUGGACCAGCGGCCAGGGGUGAGCGCGGUUCUGCAGGACCUGACCUGCGACAGCGACGGGAAGGUGGACCGGUUCAUCGGGGGCCGGUCCAGCCUCCCGGUCCACGAGCUUGAUGGAGGGGACGGCAGGUACUUUCUGGGGAUGUUUCUGGGUGGGGCCUACCAGGAGGCGCUGGGUGGGGCCCACAACCUGUUCGCGGGGCCGAGCGUGGUGCGUGUGGAGCAGAGCGAGGGGCCGCACUGCUUCGCGGUGACGCGGGCGGUGCCGGGGGCGUCGUGCGCGGACGUGCUGAGGGCGAUGCAGCACGAGCCGGAGGUGAUGUUCGAGGGGCUCAAGGGGCGUGCGGAGGAGUGCGGAGGAGGAGGGGCUGCGGCGGCGGUGGGACGCCAGCUCGCCAGGGCGUUCAAUUCCAUGCCCUAUCUGGUGCGCGGCGGCGGAGAGCGUGGUGGGGCCGGAGAUGGACGUGGGGAUGACGAUGUGGAGGAGUGGGACUUGAUACGGGGGUUGACGGUGUGAGAAAAGGUGCAAGAGGCCGCAGCCAGGAGUCAGAAGUCGUUUUACUUUUUCAACGGAAGAAAAAAUAGUUUUACUUUGUCAACAAACAGGCAAAAAAAAAAAAAAA